UGUGUAUUGAAGUCGACUGCGAAGAGUUCAGUAGCCACGAUAUAUAAAUAAGCCACACGGAAUUAUUCAAUUCCACCAUCACGCAAUUCCCCUCUUCCAAGACACAAUAUCCCACCUAUUGGAGAAACAUCUUUCUAUCACAUUGCCGUCAUUCGCCAUACCGACGACCUCAAACGCCAUGCCGACCUCAGAUCCAUCCAGCCCUAUUCGCUUCUACGACAUUGGCAUGCGACCCCCGGUAGAGAAGAAUGCCUGCUCACCAAAUCCCUGGAAAGCCCGCCUGGCACUCAACUUCAAAGGGGUACCAUUAUCGACCACAUGGGUGCCUUUACCCGACGUUUCGAAAGUCCGCAACAGUCUCAAAGUACCCGCUGUUCGUAAAUUUGGCGAUGGCAGCGACUUCUUCACCCUGCCCAUCAUCGAGGACCCUAACACCGAGGAAUUGGUCGGCGACUCCUUCGACAUCGCAGCCUACCUACAGAAGACCUACCCGGACUCGGGUGCGGGCGACCUUUUCCCUCCUCUGACACUCGACUACAAAUUUGAGAAUACGAUACACAUACCAUUAACCGAGUCUCGCGAGAACCUGUUUCCCGAAUACACCGAAUACGCCAGAUUCAACGUGCACGUCGAUGCAGCCUUUAGCACACACGUGCAGCUUGCGGUCAAGUUUCUUCCGUUCGACCCAGCUUGUGAGGACAUCUGCAAGGCGGAAUUUGUCCGCCGCACGGGCGGCUUUGUUAAAUCUUGGGAGGAGUUUGCGAUAGAAGGCGAGGCCCGAGAGAAGUUACUGGCUUCGUUCCGGGAUACGCUUGGUGGGCUGGCCGAGCUGUUCAAGAAGGAUACUAGUGGGCCCUUCAUACUCGGAACAAGAGCUUGCUAUGCGGACAUUAUCGUCGGUGGAUGGUUGCGGAAUAUGCGCGCGACUCUUCCGGAGAAUGAAUGGGAGGAGCUAAGAAGUUGGCAUGAGGGCAUUUUUGGGCGGUUACAUGAUGCGCUGGAGGUGUAUGCAGAUAUGAAGUAGGGUGUUGUGAAUCCUAGACCAUGUAGGUAAUGCGGCGUUUGUCGGUUUCCGAAAACUAAUUUUUACCUCGAAAAGCGAAUGGGAUUACUGAUCUUCUUUAACCUGCGAUUGUAUUUGCUUACUGGUGGGACUUUUUUUCUCUUUCUUGUAGCAGGAA